AUUCUCUCUCUUACAUCCACUCUCCAAGGUUGUCAGGCUCUGAAUGAUUCUCCACUACCCACAGCCCUUCUUUUUACUGACUUAUAGCUCCCCUUAAUUAGCCCAAGCAGGGUAUCAAUUAGUCAAUCAGUGCACCCAUUGUCAUUGUCUACUUGGUCAUGUAUGAGUGACUGCUUUGUGCAGUCAAGGGCCAAUCACUGUGAUGGAAAAGCUGGUGAUGCUUGGGUAAACAUGCUUGCAGCCUGUGGUGUUGGCCAGUAUGUCUAUCACUGUUGUCCUGUAAUUUUGGCAAAAACAAAUAGAUAAAUUAAUAGAAAUAAAUGCGGAAAAAUAUCAUUGCUUGACAUUGUUGUAACUGCGAUGGUCUGAAUAAUAUGCAAUGAUCUUUUGCAGUAGAAUCUGAUGGUAUAAAAUCAUUUGACACAAAACCAGGAUGCCAGAUCAAAGUUGUUUCCGCCAAGUUGAUGAAAAGCAUGUCUCUGCUGAAGUGGAGUGUAUGGUGUGGUCGCCCAAAAUGGACUUGAUAGCUGUUGCAAAUGUUCAGGGAGAGGUGAUUCUGUAUCGUUUGUCCUGGCAGAAGGUCUGGAUGCUGUCGUCAGUUACAGAGGAGAGUCAAGUCACAACCUUAGCAUGGAGACCGGAUGGGAAAGUUCUGGCCGUCGGGUACAGCUCAAGUCGAGUUCUCCUGGUCGAUGUUGAGAACUCCGACGUCCUACACACACUGGCGAAUGUGGGUCAUGUGACCGCUUUGACGUGGAUCAGCAAGUUCCCUCAAAAAGUGGAAGAGGUAUCUGAGGGCGCCGAGAGUAAGAAAGGGUUCUUCGAGGACAAAUCUACGCAGUUUUUACCAAAAUUACCGUCGCUGAAUAAAAGUUUUGGGAAUCUUAACAAAAGUCAGAGUGAAGAUGUGGUGGAAGACUCGAAAAAGUUAAAAGGACAAACCGAUUUAAACGUGCUGCUUGUUGGUAGCCAGACAGGACAGAUCAUGCUGUAUGCCUACGGUAUCUUCCCGAUAGGAUGUGUGGAUGUGGUGAUCCCAGGUGACGUACAGGUGUGUCGUGUCCUGAGUGUGGCUCUCUCCAAGGAUCUGAAGGCCUUGACAGCCGUCCUCCAUGGCGAUGAUCAGCAGCUUUAUCAAGUUGUGUACGAUACGUCAUUAUUGGCCUCUCGUCAUACUGAGCUCAGCCUGCUGGCCUUGAAAUAUGGACAGAUUUCUACCUUGCUUGGGUAUCUCCAGUCAACCAUCAAACAGAUGUCUGAGGCAUGGGAAGACAUCCUCAGGACCAUGGACUCCAAAUUAUUGAAGUUCGCAGAGAAAAAAUAUCAAAUGGCAAGUGGGACAGUCAGCAAUGACUUCUUGGAGCUGCUCAUGUUUGGCACACCAAGUGAAGAGUUACAGACGUUCCUCUUACAAGAUCUGACUGAAAAAGGUCUAAAGAAGCUGGGUCAUUCCAUCGAGACGUCAUACUCUAAUAUACAAAAACUGGUCCUAAAGCAACUACAGAAUGUUGGCCAGGCGGUCAUGUAUCAUCUUGGUGACCUCUCUGGUAUGUCGCAGUGGGAGGAGAAAUUUGGUGUCCUUGGUUUGUCGAAUGAGAGUCUACAAGCAGGGAUCUCAUGUACUGGAUCAUUCUUGUUAAAGGCUUGUGAAUUGCAGUUGGUGAUUGACAGCAGUAUGAAAAAUUUCAAGGCAUUCUUCAGGUGGUUGUAUGUUGUCAUCCAGAGAUUGUCUGAUGAACCAGUCCCGGCUGAGCUCAAUAAGAUGACCCAACAACUGUUCAACUUCGUUGCUGAGUUCCUCAAGGAACACUUCCAAGAGGAAUUUGACGACGAUGGUAAUUUUAAUGAGGGAAAGAAACCAGGAUUCAAACUGGAAAAAGUUGGACAGUACCUUAAAAAUGAAGACCUCCAUGACCCUCCGGAUAACGAAAAUAAUCCUUGGGUGAAGUUUCUGGAGACAAAUCCAGCCAUUCGAGGGAGUCCCAUGUUGUACCCGGCCCGCAAUAACAAGUCGUUAGUUCAGAUGCAUGAAGAGUUGGAGACGUGCCUGGAGAAUGCAUUGACCAAGUCAACCGGCAGCAUUUGUAGCUCGUUCCGAUGUCAACACAUAUAUGGUCUACUGAAUACGGACAACGUUGAUGUCGCGAAUGAAAUCUCACCAAAAGUCGAACAGUUCACACUCUCCUCCGGCAAUGAGAAUUUCCUGUAUUCGAUAUUUACGGCAGAUUCUUUGCCGUGCGAUCGAUUUUAUGUCAGUCGGCAUCCAACAACGGGAAGUGAUGUUGGUCAUAUUGAGUUGGCUGCGUUAAGAUUUGGUAACCUCGGAGCGGGCCUGAAUUUAUCGCUGAAUUUAUCCGGGUCGGAGAGGCUGAGUCUGUCUGGAAGUGAAAGACAAAGUCCCCAUAAAAUCCGUGACAUUGCUUGCUAUGAUGAGAAAACGAUAUCUGUUCUCCUCGUUGAGGAUAACGAUGACGCCAUGCCCAUACUGGUCCAGUUUCCGCUCGCUGCAUUGUCCGAUGAUUAUUACAGAGACGUCAAUAUGAUCGGCAGCAGUGUUGAUUUAGGAAAAAUUCCUUGUGCAAAUGGUGGUCCCAUGGUCCCAGAAAGCAGCUACAAAAAGUUAGAAAACAUGAAAGCUGUCUCAUUUGCUGUCAGUGGAACAAGAAAGGUUGCGUGUGUGCUGUUUUCAUCCAAACGCCGUGUGCGUCUCUUCCUGAUGGACGUCGAUGAGGAAGAGGACGAGGAUGAAAGUGAGGCUGGCUCACAUGAUAAUACGGCCGCUGAUCUGACGGCAGGCGAGGGCAGUAACGAUAUUGAAGACGAAGACCAAGAUGAUGACGAGAAUAAGGAGAACACGUCUGUCAGGAUGGAUUUAUGAAUUAGAAACUUUUAGGACACUUGUUGGUCUCUUGUGCUGCCACCAUUGUGUGAAAGACGGAACUGUCAUACUCGGAAACUUCUCUGGUCCCUCAAGAAUGAAGUCUCAAAUUGUCACUUUCAACUUAUCAGCUGAUAUACCAUAAUGUCAGUAUGCCAUUGGGGUACCAGAGAGUAAGUUCAGUUAUUUGUUCUAACAUAAAAGUUCAAGGUGAUCUCUAAACUGCUAAAAUGAUCUUGUUCUAUUUGCUGAUUAAUAUGAUAAUUGCGUUUCUAAAAGUGAAGAUAAUUGUGCCCUAGAAACAGAAUGAGCCUGUUUUUAUCACAUUUCAGAUAAAAUUCCAACAAUUGAGCUUUUCGUUGCAAUGGCACUGUCACUUUUGUACUUUUCUUUCGCUAUGAAAUCUGCUGGCACGAGUAAAGAUUCUUCAUUGAGGGAUGUCCUCGGAUUGAUUAGAAAAUGUACACAGGCCAUUUUUUUCGACGAAAAUCGAAGUUAUCUACAUGUAUUUCAAAUAAAUUGAGGCCGAUACCAGA